UUCUUCUGCCGAGGACAUCUUCCUGCAACCGCCGCAUACAUUAAUUGUGUAUACGGGAAUACCGAUACAAAAAAUUGGGAAUCCCGUGAACAAAUUGAUAUCUCUAACCUAAUCAAGGCAUACAGACAACACGAUGAUUGAGCAUAAUGCAUAAUUGGUGCAUCGUUCCAAAACUAUAUUAACCGCAUCCCGACGCGAGUUGGCUUUAGAACCGUUUGAACCGUUGUUGAGCGUGAACGUGAGCACCAUGGAAACGAAACGCUUGGCCAACUGGGUGGCGAUUCUGCUCAGCUUUCUGGCAAUUGGAUUGAUCAGCACACAUGAUACGUCCGAGUUAUGCCACGGGAAGUACUACUUCGGCAACACAUUUAAGAUCAACUGGUAUAAGGCGAUGAAUUACUGUAGAUCCCGCGGCAUGUUUCUGGUGUCGAUCAACAAUCAUGCACAGCUGAACGAUGUGAUCAGGUGCAUCCAGAAGAGCGGACACCUGAACCUGAACAACGACCUGGACAUGUGGACGUCCGGUAACGAUCUCGGGGAGGAAGGGCAGUUCUUCUUCUCUUCGACCGGCGAACGGGUGACGUUCAAUCGGUGGGACAAAGGUGAACCGAACAAUGCGAGGCACGGAAUGUGCUUAUACGAGAAUUGUGUCACGCUGCACUUCAAAUUGCAUUCCGUCAACUACACGUUCGGCGAUAGGCCUUGCGGGAAGGAAAAAUUCUUCAUGUGUGAAGCGUUGUAGGAUCUAGGAACAGCGUGUAGGUGUGUGUGUUUGAAGUGGAUUAAUAAGAGAGAGCGGUGCGGUACAUUUCAUCCAUACAACAUUAAAGUUGUUAUGUCAGUAUUUAAUAUUCAGGUUUGUCCGAAACCACUCACGGUCCAGCGUCUAUUCGUCUGCCAACCUGUUAUCCCAGCGUAAAUGGUGUAUUCCUCCACACGAUCUAUGUUGGACAUAGGAUCUCUGUGUGCAACGCAAUCUAUCCUUCUCAACUUGGGCCAACUACGUGCCCUAUGUCCUUGUGGACGGUCUAAAAGCGCUUUUUGGGGUGUGUUAUCUCGAUACAUGCGUAUAACAUGGCCAGCCCACCUUGGUACGAUGAUUCGUUGUAUCAACUCCUCAAGGAACGUUCCUUGAAACAUAUUAACCUUUAAGUUGGCAACCGGAUACCCGGGUAUUUUUUUCAACUUUAAACUGCCAUAACUUUUGAUUCAUUGCUUUUAUUGACCUGAAAUUUGCCGUAGCCUCCCAACUUUUAAUUUAUGAUUUUUUGGUGUAUAAGUUGUAAUUUUUAACAGCCUGUAAGUAUUUUAUUUUGAAUUUUUUUUUAACUUUACCACGUAAGUUGGCAACCAGCAUACCCGGGUAUUCCAUACAUUUUGUAUGGAGAAUGACGUUUCUCUUCUUCCUCUUUUUUUAUUUUCGAGUCAAAUUCAAGCGGUUCCAAAUUUCAAUAUGACCGUUAUUUUUAUAUUAAAAUGAAAAAAACUUAAUGAAUAAAUGAAAUAGAAGAGAAUAUAUGGUCGGCAUUACUUGCUUACAGCAUUAAAAUAUAGAAAGCAUUGUUUACCUAUGAAAAUCGUUAAUUUUUUGCAUCAAAACGUGUGGAAUACCCGGGUAUGCCGGUUGCCAACUUACGUGUGUAAAUCUGGUUGCCAACUCUACGGUUAAAAUUGAUCCUCAUUCCAUUAUUCUUGAUAACGCUUACGGAUUCUUAUGGUGAGGGUAGAUGUUGUGGGCAGCCGUGCCGACCCCUGGACUUGCCGUGGCAGUUGCGCUGCCGCCGGUCAACGUCCAGGAGGACGACAGUGUGUCACGCACACUGUCGCACACACUAAGCAGCGCAAGGCUUAGUGUGUGCCGAGCGCACAGUUAGAGUGUGUUUGCGAUCCGAUCGAGCAGGAGCUCUCGGCAGGGGCGCACGGUGCGGCUGGUGCGCGGCCACCGCAUUUGUGAUUUUAAAGUGUUCAUUGUGAUUGUAAAUUGUGUCGUAUUAUUUAUUUUGUAUGUAAUAAAAUAUUUAAAUAUUAAGCAAUACGGCCUUUUUGGACCGUUACUCCUGAAUAAA